AUGUCCUAUCUCGGCAUAUCCGGAUGCCAUGCAUUCGUGACAGGCGGACGUGGCGGCAUUGGCUCUGCCAUAGUCGAAGAACUGUUGGCCGCUGGGUGCAAAGUUUCUGCCCACGACCUCAAGGCGGGUCCGAAAUCGUCGAACGACCACCUUCUCCACCUACAAGGCGACAUCUCCGAUGAAAGCUCGAUAUCAUCAUGCAUUAAGCAAGCAGUCGCCCAUUUUGGACCGGUCAACAUCUUGGCAGCCAACGCCGGCACUGGCAACGAGUCCAGUCACCCGAGUAUCUGGGAGAUUGAACUCGACGACUGGGAACACCUCUACCGCGUGAACGUGCGAGGCACCUUCCUUACCAUCAAGCACUUCCUACUCGCCGCCAAACAACAUCAAGAGACCCAAGGCAGCGAUCUCGAGAAUCUUGCUAUCGUUGUGACUGGCAGCGAGUGCGGGAAAUUCGGUCAAGCAGGCCAUGCGGACUAUUCUUCUGGCAAGGCGGGUCUGCAAUACGGACUCGUCCCGACAGUCAAGAACGAGAUUGUUAAAUUGAACUCGAAGGCGAGGAUCAAUGCUGUUGCUCCAGGAUGGGUUAACACAGAACUCAUCGGCGACCGGCUGGAUGACCCGAGGGAGCUGUAUCUGGAGGCGCAAGGCACGGUGGCGCUGAAGAAGAUCGCGCAGCCGGAGGAUGUUGCGAGGACAGUGGCUUUUCUGGCGAGUCACCGGGCUGCUGGGCAUAUCACUGGUCAAUGUUUGAGUGUCGAUGGUGGCAUGGAAGGGAGGAUUAUGUGGCGAGAGGAGGAAGUGUUGGGUUCGAAGGGCUCUACAUCUACAUCUCAACCUUCCACCAUCCAGCAACAGUCAGUGGCGCCAUCUAUACCGCCUCAGGUGUCCUCCUCCAAGCCAAAACGAAAGCUCAAGAUCGCCUGGUCCUUCGACUUCGACGCCGUAUCAGGCUGGCUCGGCACAGGGGCCCACCCCAACAACUCCACCGCCGACUACAGCCAAGGCUACUUCAGCGCGCAUCAAGGCGUACCCCGUCUGCUCAAAAUGCUCCGCGGUCUCGGUAUCGCUGACAAAGUCACCUGGUGCAUCCCCGGCCACUCCAUCGAGACCUUCCCCGACCAAACCAAGGCCAUCGUCGACAGCGGAGCAGAAAUCGCACUCCACGGCUACGCGCACGAAGCAGCCAGCCAGAUGACUGCGGAGCAAGAACGCGACGUCCUCACCAAGUGCAUCGGGCUCAUCCAGAACCUCACUGGCAAGCGACCGCGAGGCUACCGAGCACCUCUCUACCUCCUCCAAGAACGCACCAUCGCUCUCUUACAGGAGCACGACUUCCUCUGGGACUCCUCCCUCACGCACUACGACAGCACGCCCUACUUCCUCCCCCUUAACCCGGCGCCGAUCGAACCAAUCGACUUCACGCCUGAAGCCAUAGCGGAGAGUUGGAUGCACCCCUCGCCCAACUUCGCCUCGUUACCAAAGUCGAAAAUGGUAGAGGUCCCGUGUAACUGGUACAUGGAAGACGCCACCCCAAUGCAAUUCUACCCCAACAACCCCAACACGCAAGGCUACGUCGACGUGCGGGUGAUCGAGCGGAUGUGGAUGGAUCGGGUGGAGUGGCUAAGACGGGAGAUGCGGGAGGAAGGGGAGGAGGGCGGGUUGAAGGUGUUGCCGAUUGUGUGUCAUCCGGAUACGAGCGGGAUGGCGCAUAUUAUCGGUAUGAUUGAGAGGUUUUUGGGGUGGCUGCAGGGGUUGGGGGAGGAGGUGGAGUUUGUUACUUGUGCGGAGUUGGCGGAGGAGUUUAGGGCGAUGGAGGGGGGUAGGUGA